UUAGUCUAUUUUUGGCACAGCUGCUUUAUUACUUUCACUGCCACUUCAGAGCUUUUGUUUAAUCUACUCCAAGUUCAUUGGCUUUCUUUGAGUCUUUCAUACUCACCAUGUUGUCUUCCUUCCCCCAGGGUCUUUGCACAUGCUUCUCCCUCAAUCCAGCUUGCUUCCUCUUGAUUUCCUUUAGUUAACACCUACUCAUCCUUCAGAUGCCAGCUUAGUCAUUACAUCCUUAAAGAGAGCCUUCUCUUCCUUCCAUAACUGUUAGAUCAAGUUCCUCCAUUCGUGUAUCUGUCUCAGAUGUUUUUAUAGCCAUGAUCCAUAAUUGCAGAUUUUUAUUAGUGUGAUGAUUUCAUGAAUUUCUGGCUUCCCCGCUAGACUCUAAGCUGCCACUUGGUAAAGGACCUUUUCUGUUCUUGCCCAUCAUUGUAUCCUUAGUUCCUAAAACAGUGUGUGGCUUAUAUAUACUAAGAACACAGUAAAGAUUUGUCAAAUGAAUGUAUAAAUCUAUUGUACACCUUUAAUUGCUAUCUUAGAACAUUGUGGCAUUAAUGGAGCUAAGAAAUAUCAGGAUUUAAAAAAAUAAUUAUGUAGUUAAAUAUUUGGUUUGUUAUAAGGAAUAUGACCACCUUGAACAGGCUAAAAGAAACCUAAUGCUAAGGAGACUCUCACAAAUGCCAGAUAGAGAAGAAACCUCAAAUGCCAAAUAGAUUUAAAUAUGCAUAGUUAUAUUCAGUCCUAUUAACUUUUGAUUAGUAUCACAUUACAUGAAUAUACCACAUUUGAAAAACAUGUUUUUCUGCAGAUACAUUCCCUAGUUGCUCAUUUAAUAUUAGAUUAAAAGAGCAGCUGGCUUCCUACCUGAGAGCAGCUUCCUAGAAUGAGUGGAGAUUUUAUUUCACUCAUCUUCUAGGAUUUAGAGGAAAGUUUUUCAAAUUCCACACUAUUGAUAUUUUGUGUCAGAUAAUUUUUUGUUGUGGGGGAGCUGUCCUGUAUUUUGUAGGAUGUUUAGCAGUAUCCCUGCUUCUACACACCAAAUGUCAGUAGCAUCUUAGUUGUGACAACCAAAAAUGUCUCCAAACAUUGCCAAAUGUCCCCUGGGGCCAGGGGAAACAAAAUCACCUCUAGUUGACAAUCACUGAUCUAGAGAGUAAAGCUACAGAAGACUUCUGUCCUUGGAUUACAUGCUGCUUUCUCAUGGGAGGAAAAAAGGGAGGAUUUUAACAGGAGAAUGCCAGGGCUCCAGGCUUGAGAAGGAAAAGUGACUAUUUAUCUUACUCAGUUCAGAGAGCUGUCAUAGAGAGGCAAUAACCUGAGUACUCAUAAUCACAAGUAAGUAUCCAGAUGCCGGGAGGAAUGUUGAGGUCAAGAUACAAUCUAGAAGUGUGUUGUCAAAAAUUAAUGCUCUUGUUUUAUCUGUGUAUAAAGUCAGUCCUUAAAGGGAAAGUUAAGAAUAAAUAACUAUCUUUUACAUUCAAUUUUUUGUUUGGGGAAAUUUUUUAAAUAUAUAAAAGAAUAUAGGCUAAGAAACUAUAUCCAACAGAAUGUAAUUGAUAAUAUUUUAUCAUAUUAUUUUGUUAAUAUUUUAUAUUUGCAUAAUCCUGUUUAAAAGUAAUACAAUAUUAACAAUUGAUUUGUCUGCAGUAUUUUAAUCUAUUUUUAAUUAUGUGUAAAUUUUAUAUAUAUGCACACAGGUAUCUAUGAGCAAUAUAGAAUAUUACAUUUACAUAAUUUAUAUAAUACUGUAUGUACUUUCUAUACUAUACUUUUUCAACAUGGGUUUUGAGGUUUAAAUAUGCAUAGAUAUAUUCAGUCCUAUUAACUUUUGAUUAGUAUUGCAUUACAUGAAUAUACCAUGCUUGAAAAAUAUAUUUUUCUACAAAUACAUUCCCUAGAGAUAAACAGCCUGUUAUAAAUUUUCAAUGUUACAGCCAGCCCUGCAGCAAAUAUCCUCACACAUAUCUCCUAUUUUAUACAUAAGAGUUUCUUUGGCUGGGCACAGUGGUUCACUCCUGUAAUCCCAGCACUUUGGAAGGCCGAGGCAGGUGGAUCACCUGAGGUCAGGAGCUUGAGACCAGCCUGGCCAACAUGGUGAAAACCUAUCUCUAUUAAGAAAAAAAAAAAAAAGCCAGGUGUGGUGGCGGGCACCUGUAAUCCCAGUUAUUCAGAAGGCUGAGGCACACUUGAACCCGGGAGGUGGAGGUUGCAGUGAGCCAAGAUAGUGCCACUGCACUCCAGCUUGGACAACAAGAGCAAAACUCCGUCUCAAAAAAAAAAAAAAAAAAAAAAAGAGUUUCUUUAAUAUCUAGGUAAAUUUUUAUGUUCACUAGGUAAGUACCACAUUUUCAAAUAACAGGCAUUGAGAAUUCCUCUUUUCCCACAUUCUUACUAUCACUGUUCUCUUCUCAUUUUAACACUUUGCCAAUCUAAUAAGUGUGGGGUUAUAGUUUAAAGGGCAUUUCCAUGAUGAUUAGAUAAACUGAUCAUCUUUUUUUGGUCUUUUACUCAUUUAUAUUUUCCUUCUUUGUGAAUUUCUUGGUUGUAUCUUUUGCCCAUUUUCCUGCUGGGUUGUUUGUUCUUUUCUUUUUUAUUUGUAAGACUUAUUUAAAAUUUUCUGGUUAUUAACCUUUUCUUGUUUAUAACUGAUGCAAGUAUCUUCUCCCAACCUGUUGGUUAACAUUAUUUAUGAUGCCUCUUGACAUACAGAGCCAUAGGUUUUCAUGUGUCAAGCUUUUUAGGGUCUUGUUUAAUAAUUUUUCUUCUACUCUAAGGUUUUAAAUGUAUUUUUAUAUGUUUUCUUCUAAUACAUGUUUAGGGUUUUAAUUAAUCUGAAAUUCAUUUUUGUGCAUGGUGUAAUGUAGGGACCUAAUUGUAUUUAUUGUUUUUCCCAGUUAUCAGUAAUGACACUACCCUUGACUGUUUUUAUUCCAUUACCUUUAUUAUAAAUCAAGUUCCUGUAUAUAUAGGGAUCUGGUUCUGAGCUUUCUUAUGAUAAUUGCCUUUAUAUGUGGUGGAACAAGUCAUUCUUCUUGGUUAUUCUUCAAAUCCAUCCAUUGUGCUGAAUCUUCUUAUGUGUUUUAAUGGUUUAUCUGUAGAUGGUCUGAUGUUUUUGUGUAUAUAACAUCAUUACAAAUAUAAAAGUUUCAUAUCUUUUUUUCUCUUCUUUAGAUAUCUUAAAGAUAAUUAUCUUCACAUUUGCUUUAAAAAUAUUUGAAAGUACCAUCUCCUUGAGGUUUAUAACUGAAAUACGGGCUUCAGCUUUAACAAAACGAUGUGUUUGAUAUGGUAAACUAAAAAUUCAUAAUUUUGAAACUGAGUUUAUGUAUGAAUGCCACCUUGUAAUGUUUCUGUCUCCCCAAACAGAAGUGAAUUUAUUAAUCAUAAAGAGCACCUGUUAGACAUCAGGGUAUUGCCAGCAUUGUGUACAGAUCCUUGGAUAGGAGAGUUUCUCAGCAACUGUUUGGUGGGGUGAGAUAUCUCAUGUCUUCCUCCUGUUACCUCUUCUCCGUUCAUUCAUUCUUCUAGGAGAAUGAGGAUUAAAAUGUUAAUCUCAAAAUUAUAGGUAGCUGUGUUUAUGCUUGUUGAACAUUUCCAAUUCAACUCAAGUACAUAUUAAGUGCCUACUCUUCAGCCUGCACCAUUUGCAUGAUGUUUUAAGGAUACAGGUGAAAUAUGAGACAUGUUUCUGUCUUUAGGGAGCUUACAAAUCUGGUCAUGGCACUCAUUCUGCUUCUUAAACUUCUGGGCUCCCCAUGUCCCUGAAAAUAAAUAAUCAUAAUCAAAAUGAUGAUAAUAGAUAACAUUUAAUGAGCUAAAAGUAUAUACCAGGAACUCUGCCAAGCAUUUUACAUGUAUUCUCUUUUUUAAUACAAAACCCUGGGAAGUAAUGUCAUUAUCCUAGUUUUACAGAUAAGGAAAUCGAAGCUUAGAAAAGUUAACUUUCUACUAAGUGACUUGCCCAGGGUUGCAUGGCUAGUAAAUGACAGGAAGUUUGGGCCUGUGCAUUUUGUUUUUUUUUUUCUGUUAACGGACAGGGUCUCAUUCUAUUGCCCAGGCUGGAGUGGAGCAGCACAGUCAUAACUCACUGCAGCCUCCAACUCUUGGGCUCAAGCAAUCCUCCCCCCUCAGCCUCCCGAGUAGCUGGGACUACAGGUGCACACCAUCACGACUGGCUAAUUUUUUUUUCUUUUUUUUUAGAGACAGGGUCUUGUUGUGUUACCCAGGCUGGUCUUGAACUCCUAGCCUCAAGCAAUCCUCCUGCCUCUGUCUCCCAAAGUUCUGGGAUUACAGAUGUGAGCUGCUGUACCCAGCUGAACCUGUGCUUUUAAGCCGUAUACCAUGCUUUUUAUCAUGGCAUGCAAGAUCCCUGUGAUCUCAUCAGGACCACAUCUCUUGCCCUUUUGUUUCUUAUCUAUAGUUUAGCUAUACUGAACUGCUUAUAGAUUCUUUAACUUGGUAUCUUCACUCUUACUUUAUACCUUUGAAAAAGCUGUUUUUUUUUCUUUCAGGAAGCCAGCCUCUCCCUACCGCUAAGUUCAUGCAUCUUGUUCUCUCGGUCUAGAUGUACUUCUAUAGUAUUCUAGUUUGCUGCAUAGUAUUGUAAUGGCCUGUUUUCUUCAUUUUCCGACUAAUUGGGAGCCACAUCUAAUUUAUUCUUGGAUCCUCUAGACACAGUACAUGGUUAUCUGGCAUAUAAUAAGUAUAGGAGUAUUUGUUGAGUUAGCUAGUUUGUUGAAGGAAAAAAGGUACACACAUGAGAAAUUAACUCAGAAUAGCAUUAGCUAGAAGGUCUGCAAUAUGAAUGAUAAUAAAAGGGAUUCGUAAAGAGAGAAAUAUAGUUGACCCGGAGUAAUAAAGGAAGACUUAUUUUCCAUUAAGGUAGAAUUUUUUUGCCAUCUCCAGUUUUGACUUUGAACAUAUCUGCUCUCAUUUUGUCUCCUUGCUUAUUGGUUACUUCAUUUCAUGGUGAUUUUUCCUAGUCUCAAUCUCAAGUCAUUUUAUAGACACCUUGACAGUUCAUUACUUUUAGCUUCUUGCUUUCUCUAUCCCCUCUCUGUCUGCGUGUCCUGCCUGUUCUAUCACUUUUUUCUUUUCCUCUAUACUGUCUUCAAGUUCUUUGGUUUUACACAAAACUUACCAUCAAAAACAUAUUUGAGAGUUCCACCAAGAGAGUCCAGUUUACUCAUGUUGAAAUUUAGAUCCAUGGAUUUAAAUAGAUCAUAACUUUAGACUGAAUCUACUACAUAUAUCUUAUAUCAAUUAGUUUCUCUAAGGUAAAAGUAGAUGUCUUCAAACACUGUCAGGUUGCAGAGCUGAGGUUCUCUAAAACCUUGUAUGUAUCAAAAUGUAUGUUACUCAUUUUAUUCAUGCCUUGGUAUGUAAUUUGUCAAAAUAUCUUGCUGUAUUUUCUUGUGGGAGUUAUAAGAUACAAUUUUAAUAACUACAAUUGGGAAAAUUCCUCAAUAAUGAAAGACUUAAAAGACAGAAAUACGAUGGUUACAGUUUUAAAAUUUGGUUUUGUUUUGGCAUUUGUAAUAUUUUGUUUUGUGUAGGUAAAUACAUUUGAUUAGUUGAUUCUUUUCAACUUACUAUAUUGUUUUGUGCUAUUGUUUUUAUAGUCUUUAAUAUUAUUAAGAAAAGUAAAUGGGGCUGGGCUUGAUAGCUCACGCUUGUAAUCCCAACACUUUGGGAGGCUGAGACAGGCGGAUCACGAGGUCGAGAGAUCGAGACCAUCCUGGCCAACACGGUGAAACCCCGUCUCUACUAAAAUACAAAAAUUAGCCAGGUGUGGUGGCGUGCGCCUGUAGUCCUAGCUACUCGGGAAGCUGAGGCAGAAGAAUCGCUUGAACCUAGGAGGCAGAGGUUGCAGUGAGCCGAGAUCGCGCCACUGCACUGCAGCCUGGCGUCACAGCGAGAUUCCAUCUCAAAAAAGAAAAGAAAAGAAAAGUAAAUGCACUGAAAAGAGGCGCAGGGAGCAAGAAAAUAAAUAUUUAGAAGAACUAGCUGAGUUACUGUCUGCCAACAUUAGUGACAUUGACAGCUUGAGUGUAAAACCAGACAAAUGCAAGAUUUUGAAGAAAACAGUCGAUCAGAUACAGCUAAUGAAGAGAAUGGAACAAGAGAAAUCAACAACUGAUGACGACGUACAGAAAUCAGACAUCUCAUCAAGUAGUCAAGGAGUGAUAGAAAAGGAAUCCUUGGGACCUCUUCUUUUGGAGGCUUUGGAUGGAUUUUUCUUUGUUGUGAACUGUGAAGGGAGAAUUGUAUUUGUGUCAGAGAAUGUAACCAGUUACUUAGGUUACAAUCAGGAGGAAUUAAUGAAUACCAGCGUCUACAGCAUACUGCACGUGGGGGAUCAUGCAGAAUUUGUGAAGAAUCUGCUACCAAAAUCACUAGUAAAUGGAGUUCCUUGGCCUCAAGAGGCAACACGACGAAAUAGCCAUACCUUUAACUGCAGGAUGCUAAUUCACCCUCCAGAUGAGCCAGGGACCGAGAACCAAGAAGCUUGCCAGCGUUAUGAAGUAAUGCAGUGUUUCACUGUGUCACAGCCAAAAUCAAUUCAAGAGGAUGGAGAAGAUUUCCAGUCAUGUCUGAUUUGUAUUGCACGGCGAUUACCUCGGCCUCCAGCUAUUACGGGUGUAGAAUCCUUUAUGACCAAGCAAGAUACUACAGGUAAAAUCAUCUCUAUUGAUACUAGUUCCCUGAGAGCUGCUGGCAGAACUGGCUGGGAAGAUUUAGUGAGGAAGUGCAUUUAUGCUUUUUUCCAACCUCAGGGCAGAGAACCAUCUUAUGCCAGACAGCUGUUCCAAGAAGUGAUGACUCGUGGCACUGCCUCCAGCCCCUCCUAUAGAUUCAUAUUGAAUGAUGGGACAAUGCUUAGCGCCCACACCAAGUGUAAACUUUGCUACCCUCAAAGUCCAGACAUGCAACCUUUCAUCAUGGGAAUUCAUAUCAUCGACAGGGAGCACAGUGGGCUUUCUCCUCAAGAUGACACUAAUUCUGGAAUGUCAAUUCCCCGAGUAAACCCCUCGGUCAAUCCUAGUAUCUCUCCAGCUCAUGGUGUGGCUCGUUCAUCCACAUUGCCACCAUCCAACAGCAACAUGGUAUCCACCAGAAUAAACCGCCAGCAGAGCUCAGACCUUCAUAACAGCAGUCAUAGUAAUUCUAGCAACAGCCAAGGAAGUUUUGGAUGCUCACCUGGAAGUCAGAUUGUAGCCAGUGUUGCCUUAAACCAGGGACAGGCCAGUUCACAGAGCAGUAAUCCCUCUUUAAACCUCAAUAAUUCUCCUAUGGAAGGUACAGGAAUAUCCCUAGCACAGUUCAUGUCUCCAAGGAGACAGAUUACUUCUGGAUUGGCAACAAGGCCCAGGAUGCCAAACAAUUCCUUUCCUCCUAAUAUUUCGACAUUAAGCUCUCCCGUUGGCAUGACAAGUAGUGCCUGUAAUAAUAAUAACCGAUCUUAUUCAAACAUCCCAGUAACAUCUUUACAGGGUAUGAAUGAAGGACCCAAUAACUCCGUUGGCUUCUCUGCCAGUUCUCCAGUCCUCAGGCAGAUGAGCUCACAGAAUUCACCUAGCAGAUUAAAUAUACAACCAGCAAAAGCUGAGUCCAAAGAUAACAAAGAGAUUGCCUCAAUUUUAAAUGAAAUGAUUCAAUCUGACAACAGCUCUAGUGAUGGCAAACCUCUGGAUUCAGGGCUUCUGCAUAACAAUGACAGACUUUCAGAUGGAGACAGUAAAUACUCUCAAACCAGUCACAAGUUAGUGCAGCUUUUGACAACAACUGCCGAACAGCAGUUACGGCAUGCUGAUAUAGACACAAGCUGCAAAGAUGUCCUGUCUUGCACAGGCACUUCCAGCUCUGCCUCUGCUAACUCUUCAGGAGGUUCUUGUCCCUCCUCUCAUAGCUCAUUGACAGAGCGGCAUAAAAUUCUACACCGGCUCUUACAGGAGGGUAGCCCCUCAGAUAUCACCACUUUGUCUGUCGAGCCUGAUAAAAAGGACAGUGCAUCUACUUCUGUGUCAGUGACUGGACAGGUACAAGGAAACUCCAGUAUAAAACUAGAACUGGAUGCUUCAAAGAAAAAAGAAUCAAAAGACCAUCAGCUCCUACGCUAUCUUUUAGAUAAAGAUGAGAAAGAUUUAAGAUCAACUCCAAACCUGAGCCUAGAUGAUGUAAAGGUGAAAGUAGAAAAGAAAGAACAGAUGGAUCCUUGUAAUACAAACCCAACCCCAAUGACCAAACCCACUCCUGAGGAAAUAAAACUGGAGGCCCAGAGCCAGUUUACAGCUGACCUUGACCAGUUUGAUCAGUUACUGCCCACGCUGGAGAAGGCAGCACAGUUGCCAGGCUUAUGUGAGACAGACAGGAUGGAUGGUGCGGUCACCAGUGUAACCAUCAAAUCGGAGAUCCUGCCAGCUUCACUUCAGUCCGCCACUGCCAGACCCACUUCCAGGCUAAAUAGAUUACCUGAGCUGGAAUUGGAAGCAAUUGAUAACCAGUUUGGACAACCAGGAACAGGCGAUCAGAUUCCAUGGACAAAUAAUACAGUGACAGCUAUAAAUCAGAGUAAAUCAGAAGACCAGUGUAUUAGCUCACAAUUAGAUGAGCUUCUUUGUCCACCCACAACAGUAGAAGGGAGAAAUGAUGAGAAGGCUCUUCUUGAACAGUUGGUAUCCUUCCUUAGUGGCAAAGAUGAAACUGAGCUAGCUGAACUAGACAGAGCUCUGGGAAUUGACAAACUUGUUCAGGGGGGUGGAUUAGAUGUAUUAUCAGAGAGAUUUCCACCACAACAAGCAACGCCACCUUUGAUGAUGGAAGAAAGACCCAACCUUUAUUCUCAGCCUUACUCUUCUCCUUCUCCUACUGCCAAUCUCCCUAGCCCUUUCCAAGGCAUGGUCAGGCAAAAACCUUCACUGGGGACGAUGCCUGUUCAAGUAACACCUCCUCGAGGUGCUUUUUCACCUGGCAUGGGCAUGCAGCCCAGGCAAACUCUAAACAGACCUCCGGCUGCACCUAACCAGCUUCGACUUCAACUACAACAGCGAUUACAGGGACAACAGCAGUUGAUACACCAAAAUCGGCAAGCUAUCUUAAACCAGUUUGCAGCAACUGCUCCUGUUGGCAUCAAUAUGAGAUCAGGCAUGCAACAGCAAAUUACACCUCAGCCACCCCUGAAUGCUCAAAUGUUGGCACAACGUCAGCGGGAACUGUACAGUCAACAGCACCGACAGAGGCAGCUAAUACAGCAGCAAAGAGCCAUGCUUAUGAGGCAACAAAGCUUUGGGAACAACCUCCCUCCCUCAUCUGGACUGCCAGUUCAAAUGGGGAACCCCCGUCUUCCUCAGGGUGCUCCACAGCAAUUCCCCUAUCCACCAAACUAUGGUACAAAUCCAGGAACCCCACCUGCUUCUACCAGCCCGUUUUCACAACUAACAGCAAAUCCUGAAGCAUCUUUGGCCAACCGCAACAGCAUGGUGAGCAGAGGCAUGACAGGAAACAUGGGAGGACAGUUUGGCACUGGAAUCAAUCCUCAGAUGCAGCAGAAUGUCUUCCAGUAUCCAGGAGCAGGAAUGGUUCCCCAAGGUGAGGCCAACUUUGCUCCAUCUCUAAGCCCUGGGAGCUCCAUGGUGCCGAUGCCAAUCCCUCCUCCUCAGAGUUCUCUGCUCCAGCAAACUCCACCUGCCUCCGGGUAUCAGUCACCAGACAUGAAGGCCUGGCAGCAAGGAGCGAUAGGAAACAACAAUGUGUUCAGUCAAGCUGUCCAGAACCAGCCCACGCCUGCACAGCCAGGAGUAUACAACAACAUGAGCAUCACCGUUUCCAUGGCAGGUGGAAAUACGAAUGUUCAGAACAUGAACCCAAUGAUGGCCCAGAUGCAGAUGAGCUCUUUGCAGAUGCCAGGAAUGAACACUGUGUGCCCUGAGCAGAUAAAUGAUCCUGCACUGAGACACACAGGCCUCUACUGCAACCAGCUCUCAUCCACUGACCUUCUCAAAACAGAAGCAGAUGGAACCCAGCAGGUGCAACAGGUUCAGGUGUUUGCUGACGUCCAGUGUACAGUGAAUCUGGUAGGCGGGGACCCUUACCUGAACCAGCCUGGUCCACUGGGAACUCAAAAGCCCACGUCAGGACCACAGACCCCCCAGGCCCAGCAGAAGAGCCUCCUUCAGCAGCUACUGACUGAAUAACCACUUUUAAAGGAAUGUGAAAUUUAAAUAAUAGACAUACAGAGAUAUACAAAUAUAUUAUAUAUUUUUCUGAGAUUUUUGAUAUCUCAAUCUGCAGCCAUUCUUCAGGUCGUAGCAUUUGGAGCAAAAAAAAAAAAAAAAAAAAAAAAAAAAAAAAAAAAAAGGAGUUCGCUUUUGUCAGGAGAUUGAAAGAUGUUUUUGUUUCUUUCUUUGUAAAGGCCUUGGAUAUUGAAAAAAUACCAAGGCAGAACAGUUGGACAAUCUAUUUCUUGAGCCAAAUUUAAUUAUUCUUAUUUUUGUAAUCAGUCAUUGGCUUCUUAUCUGGAUGAAGGCUUUUGGAGGAGAACCAAAACAACAAGUUCCAAGAAGAAGAUGAAGCUCUGCCUCCGCCGCUCAGUCCCAACCCUGCCCAGGAAGAAGGGCCCGUGGGGCUUUGCCUGUGCCCGUCCACCAAAGGCUGUCACAUGUCUCGAAAUCAGCAGCCCACCCCAUCCGAAUCCCAGGCAGCUGUGUGUACAAUCAGCUUCUCUAGCAACUCUGUGUCUGUUGGCUUCAAGAGAAUAUUUUGCCUCCACAUAUGUACCCCUUCUCCUUUUUUUAAAGAUGGAUUUAAACCAAGAUGCCUCCAGGAAAGAGGACGAAAUGAGUAUAUUCACAGAGGAAUCCAAAAAAUACAGUUUGGGGGAAAUGCAAUAAUUUUUGAUGAGAUGGGUGAAGGACAAGAAGUGAGUUCUGUCAAUUAUUGUAGAUACAAUUUUCUGAUUAAAUCUGGAAAAAUAAAAGGCAGCCUGUUUUUUCUGCUUUUAUUGUAUUAACAGCUGAGGUAGCUAAAGUUAUUUAAAAUAAAAUUUUAUGAUCCAAGUAGCUUAUUUUUCCCUUUAAAUCUCAUUGUAAAUAUAUUUGAUUUCUUGUAGAAAUUGAUUUCCUUCUGUUUAAUUUUAUGCUUUUAUUAUACUCUUGAUUUUUCUAAAUUUGUGUGUGAAAUAUAACAUUGAUUGAAUUGCAGUUACAUCUGGUUAGUAAUAUUUCGUUAUUUUAAUAACUGUGAUGCCAUGUAUGGAUUUACUUUGGGGUUCAAAUCAAAAUGUCACUGCCAGAAAGAGCUGUUCCAGCUGAUCUAGAGCAUACUGCCCUAGAGUGUCCCUGGGAUCAUCUGAACAGAAGUGCACAGGCUACUUGUACAGAGAAAAAAUUAAUACUCAAAGGAAAUCUUCAUUUUUUAGAUUGACUUUGGGAAUUUGAAUUUUCAUCAGUGCAAAUAUAAAUUUCUCUAUCCUGCUCUGAGGCUAAUUGGUACCAUAUUUUCCCUUUGUGUCUUGUCACUCUGCCACAUCCCAUCUCAUCCUGGCCUCUGAGUCAAGAACCCAGUGAACUGACUUUCUAGUUCUAGAAGUUCCGCUGCAAGGCCAGGAAAGCUUGAGAAAAGGUAUUGUGGAAGAAGCAAAGGUAGACCCCCAUCACUCACCUUUGUCUGCAUCCCUGGGCCUGUGAAUGAUGACAGCACCUGACAUUCUGCACCAGCUACCUCUGCCUCCAUGGCAGAGAAAAGGCCAUAAGAACAGUGGAAGAGGAGCAUGGACUCAGACUUCAAGGAAGAAGCCAUUUCCCCAGGUCCGUCCUUCUGCAUCUCGCCACCCCUAGUUACAAAUAACUCCAUUGAACAGCAUCUAUUCAGAAACUAUACCGAAUAAAAAGAUUGGUGGAAGGGCUCAUGUGGUUAGCAACUAUAAAACAGAAAUAGGACACUCAGUUACAAACAUUAUCUCCUUUAGUUUUUCAGAAAAUGCAUCCCUGAUUUCAUUCAUUUCCAGCUUGAAAGCCAGCCAUAUUACUCUAGUCCCUACCAAACUGCUCUAGAAGGUCAUUUCCAUUUUGUUUGUGAUACUUAGACGCGCAGACUUCAGGAAGUUCACCUUUAACUUCAGCAUUCCAGAUGAAGUUUCCUGACUCAGUGCUUUUGCAUAAGGAACUAGAAAAAAAAAGUGGUAAGGAAAAUUGGAGAUGCUAACAUCCUCCCCCAUCCCAACUGCACCUUAAAAUAUGCAUGUCACCUUCAAGGUUUUAUAAUUGCACUGUUUGUUUUAUGUAUGUACAGAUUAAAAUUAUUGCUACAUUUGAGGAAAAUAAAAUUGCUUGCUUCUAUGUAAUUCCUGUCAUUCCACAGGAAAUUCACUUUUCCAGCUACUGAAUAGAAUUUGUUUAACAACCUCA